AUGGACUCGCCAGCACCACCUCCAUAUACGGCUGCUGUUGAGAAACUCAGCGAAUUUAAUCAAGAUUUGAAUCCACCACCGAUAUACACCGAUAUCAAUGGUCAAUCUGUCACGUAUAUCAACAAUUAUCCCGGUCCUCCACUAACUGAUGGAUGCAUAGACAUGGUUUCCGAAGUUCGAUCCUCCAGUCCUGAAAACAUCAUGCCAAAAAAGACUCGCAUUUAUCUACUUAUCAACGGACUUCUGACGAUAUUCUUUUCUCUUGCCGCUGUUGGUUUACAAAUCGGUAUUCUCACGUUGCAUUCAAUCAUUUAUUACUAUUAUGGAUUUUGGGCCGGGGCAUUCCUCAUAUGUAUGGGUGUUAACACGAUUUUCAUGUAUCGUCAUCAUUCUCGAAAAACAUAUUCGAAUCUUUUCCAUGCGUUCUUUUGGCAAAUGAUUCUUAUCGGUGUUGUACUUGGUAUUGGUGUAAUAAUCAUCUUAACGGACAAAUGCAAUGAUAAUAACACAGAUAGUGCAUCUCCUUCGCGAGAUCCAUCAUGUGAAGUUUCGUAUAAAGCAUUAAAUGGAUUUCUAAUUGGCAUAUUCGCGCUGGCAUUUCUACAAUCAGUUUUCAACACACUUGUUUUUGGUACCUUAAAAAGACGUUCGCCAGACAUUCUUAGUUUUCUGUCAUAA